AUGUCGCAUAGUCAAUGCACCCAGAUCUCUGACAACUACCCUCCUUCUCUUGGUAUUUCUGAUGAUACCAGUGUCUCGUUAUGUCCGUCCGAUGGCCUACAACCAUUUACACCAGACCUGACUUAUACGCAUCAGUUUAACUUCACACAGCCUGCGCCCCUACUUCCUCCUCCUGAGACUCUCGAACGCGUUGGCCCUCGAAACAAGAAAAUUUACGUCCUUUGGACAGAGAUGGUGAACGACGACUUUGUUACGUGGUGGCUCAGCACAGAAUAUGGAAGUCAGAUGAAACGCAAUAUUUUUGAAGGCAAGCACCAGUCAGAAUGUUGGCAACACUUUCACCAGGUUGCUGCGAUCCAAGAUGGGUCUCCUAAGGUUAUGUAUAAAGUGUGCAACCACAUCCUGAGCCACCCUGCAGAUCGCCACCGUGGAACAUCAUCUAUGAAUAAACACUAUUCGUCAGGGGUAAAUUGUCGGAAAUCGGUACCAGUCUCAAAGGAUAUUAAAAGGCUCAUACAAGAUGGGAUGCAUAGCGCUCCUCAAAAAACGCACUACACCGCGAAAGCUUGGAUGGAGAGGCUAGUGACCUUUAUUACUACUUCACGGUUACCCUUCCAGCUUGUUGAGUAUCCUCAGUUUCGUGCACUUAUCGAAAUGGCGCAACGUGCUCCUUUGCUCCCCAUAUUACCUUGUGCAAAAACCAUCCGAAAUCAUCUUCAAGAAUUGGUUCAAGAACGACAGAAGUCUCUUCUUCAGAAGCUAUCACAAGGCGCAAAGCUUUCUAUUGCACUAGAUUGCUGGACAUCCCCAUUUCGCCAGUCUUUUAUGGCUGUGACAGGCUACUUUCUGGAUGUGGAUUGGAAUUACCGCGAGAUCUUACUUGGCUUUGAACCACUUUCUGGCUCGCAUACUGGGGCUUAUUUGAGUACAGUUCUUCAACAAGUACUCGAAGAACAUCAGAUCGAAGCUCGGAUCUUGACAGUCACAACAGACAAUGCGGCUAAUAACUCAACAUUAAUGAAUUCACUCAGCGAGUCCCUCCAAUCGAUUGAACUACCAAACCAGAUACCAGUGAUCCACAUACCAUGUAUGGCCCAUAUAAUUCAACUGAGCUUGAACGAGCUUCUUGGCCGGAUGGAAGUGAAUCCAAGAAACGACAGAGAGGAGAUAGAAUGGACUGAAAGAGAUAAAAGCGCCCAGCCAGAGAACCAGGAUAUCAUUCAUACCCUUGAGAAGAUUCGACGGCUUGCAGUCUUCAUCAACCGAAGCCCACAACGCCGUGAGAAUUUCCUUUAUCUUCAGAGCAAAGAGCCAAAGCUUGUUCCAAUUCAAGACGUUCGCACACGCUGGAACUCAACAUUCCUGAUGCUCUACCGUGCUAGAAAGCUACAGUCUACUUUUGAUGAGUACUGUUCUGAAUAUGGUCAACCUGAUCUUAAGCUUACAAAGGAGGAAUGGCGGCAGGUUGACUAUCUUUUAUCAAUAACAAAGCCGUUUUUUACCUUCACAACGUCUCUCUCACAGACGAAAGAAGUUACUAUUCAUAGUGUUUUUGCCAUCUACAACUAUCUCUUUACACAUCUCGAGAAGUCAAAGGAGAAGCUUUCAGAAUAUUACGCAAUGACUGAUCAUGUUGGUGGUGAUCUCUAUGCUAUCGGAACAAUCCUAGCCCCACAAAAUAAGCUGGAAUUCUUUUCUACUUCUGAGUGGGAGCCAGAAUGGCGUGUCCGAUACCGCAAGAGCCUUGAGGAGUAUAUUGUGCCCUAUGAGAAACGCUAUUCAGAGACUCAGACUCAGUCAAUACCAAUACGCCAGAUAUUGACCGGUGGUAUAUCUGAUAUUGAUAUGCUCGUAACAGCAGCUACAUCUCUACAGCCACGAACAACCGCCCAUGACGAGAUAUCACGUUAUCUUGGGAGCAGCACUCAGCUAAUGAACCCACGAAUAUUUUGGAAGGAUCAUCAAUUUAAAUACCCUAUCCUUGCAAGUCUUGCCCAGUAUAUUCUCACAACUCCUGCUAGUGGCUCUGGUGUUGAACGGUUGUUCAACUCUGCCCGUGAUAUCUGUCACUAUCGUCGAGGCUCAUUGAAACCCCAUACCAUCAAGGAGCUCAUGUUAUUCAUGUGCACAACGAAGUUCGACCUUGAAUCAGAAGAACUUUCCCUUAUGGAUGAGUAUCUUACAACACAAGAGAUACAAAGAGCCAGGGAGGAAAGGGAUGCUCAGCAAGCACUCGAAGCUCAGAAUACAAAGUAUGAUUUUGACCCAAUCAGUGACAGCGAGGAGGCUGAGAGUGAGGAUGAAUCCUUAGUACUACCUCAAAGUCCUCAAGCUUCCCAAGCACGCAGUCAGCGUUCGCUUGGCAAAAGACCAGCAAGGGAGGAAGAGCCACUGAUUGAAUUGGAUGGAAAUGAGGAAGAUGAGGUUCCUUUACCUUACAAUAGGCAUCUGGUGACAGUAAGCAGUACCCAGAGACGCUCGUCUGGCCGUCAACCGAAGCGUUCCAAGCGAGAUGAAGACUUUGUAUACGAGACUCCUUAG